UUUUUCUCCUGCGAAACGUGAAGUACUUAAACGCCUCACACAUGGGCGGAAUUGUUCAAGUUCUUCAGCAAAACAUCCGAUAGUUUCUCUUUGCUGUUGCGCUGCGCUCGGCUGCUUCGACCGAUAAAGCAUGCAGGUGUCUGUGGUUUUGGGCUACUCCGGUGCGCUGGUGCUGCUGCUGCUGCAAGGAUGUUGUACCGCAGCCCGGGAAUGGGGUGCUCUAAAGAACGAUGCUACGGAAAGAAUACCAGAAUAUAUCGAGGAGACACCAUCAAUUAUGGAGCGCCAAAUACAGAAUUUCAACAACAAUACAAUGAAUCGUCCCAAAAACUCACGGCGGAUGUCUUCUAACUCACCUACAUACACGGCGGCCGAGAUGACAUGCAACGAGCUACGCUCCACACGCUACAUCACCGACGGCCUGUGCCGCAGCGCCAAGGCCGUGCGCGAGCUGGUCUGCUCGGGCGCGUGCCGCCCACCCAACUCCAUCGGAGGCGGCGGCGGCAAGUGGUGGCGCAGCAGCACGUCCGACUACCGCUGCGUGCCCGCGCACGCACGCACCCAGCGCGUCCAGCUGCACUGCCCCAACGGCCAGACGCGCACCUACAAGAUCCGCGCGGUCACCUCCUGCAAGUGCAAGCGCUACACGCGCAACCACAACCAGACGGACAACAAGGACACCUCGCCGGCCUCAGUGGCGGCGGCGUCAUCGGCAUCAGCCGGCCAGUCGAAGGGACGACGUAACCAUAAUAACAACAACAAGAAGAAGCUGACGCGGCAGAGUUUGGGGAGGGGCCGGAGCAAAGGGCCCGUCCUGAGCAGCAAUUCGUACUGAGAAUGUGUUUGAGAUGAGGAAGUGGAGGUGUUUCUUUAUGUUGUGUUUGUUCUUGUACUUUGUGAACUGCUUCAAGAGACAGAUGGAGAGAGAGAUAGAGAGAUAAUGUUUGCAUAAAGAUGAGAUAAAAAGAGAGAGAGAGACAUGCAUAUUCGCACACACACACAACACACAACACUUGUCAUAUGAUAGGAAGUCCUCACAUGCUGACACUCACACACACACACGCGCGCACACACGCACGCACACAUACACACACGCACACAUGCACACACACACGCACGCACACACACUCACACACACACACACUGACCAGGACGACUGCCAUUCUCUGUCUCUCACUUACUCACUUGCUCAUCGGCUGACAAACACAAACACAGACAGACCGACAAGUGUUGCAACCGUCCAAUAACGCCACUCCUUGUUUCCAAGGAAAGCAGAGAAAAGAAGGUUUUGCAAGCUGACCUUAUUUUUUUUUGCUUGUUUUUUUUGUGUUUACUUUGGACUGGCAAGCAAAGGCGCUUUCUCACCUGUUAUUUUACUGUUCAUGUCACUUUCCCGAUGCACUGCCAACAACUGCAAUCCUUCAGACCCCGGCCCUGCUUGACCUUUUACUCUUUGAGUAAUAAGAGAGAACAAAGACACGAAUGCUUUGGGACAUUGUUGGAACGCUCACAAAGGAGAAAAAUCGACAGUUUAGGGAAUUUUCCUGUUUGGAAUACAAAUGUCCAAGUGAGGUAUCCCACCGUUUUUUUUUGUCCGACAACAAAGAAGAGAGAGAAAGAGAGAUGGGGUGAAAGCCUGGGCUGUCCUAACAGUAAAUGUUGGAACAAAAAACCUGCAAAUGUAGACAUUGGACAGUGACGAAAGAGCCACGACAGAGACUUUAUCCUUUUCAAGUCCAUCCAUCUUGUGGUUGCCAAAUCAAGCGUCAUUCCAGAGUGUACACCCAGUGGGAGCAAACAUAUGGCUACAAGCUCACCAACCCAAAGCAAAACACCCCUGUGUGUGUGUGUGUGUGUGUGUGUGUGUGUGUGUGUGUGUGUGUGUGUGUGUGUGUGUGUGUGUGUGUGCGUGCGUGCGUGCGUGCGUGCGUG